AUGGAUGCAUUAUAUCCCCGGGACUGGAAAGAUGUCCUGGAAAUCCUGGCUGCUACCGGUUCCAUUCUCUUUGUCUCAAUAUUAUUGUUAAUUCGACAACCUCUGAGCCCCAACCGCUCUAUGUGUACCAUGGUGUCACGCAAGUUGUACAAUAUGUCCCAGGGGCAGACGGUAACCGCCCAGUUAGCGCGCGACCCGUCGCAGUGCCCGCAGAAAGUCUUUCACAGGCUCUUUGAGGGCCACCAUUCAGUGCAUGCACAUAGUGAUUCGGAGUCCGACUCGGACAGCAUUUCAAAAUGGGAGCAGCUGGAUGAAUUGCAAAAGGCUCGCUCUUGUGGAAAUUUUGGCACCACGGAGACAAGUGAACUGUUCCUGAAGGUCUAUCAUGAUGCUUUGUGCUCCCUGGAGAAAAACCCUAUGUCCGGCGUGGUCUCUCCGCCUCUGUUGGGCGGCACUGGAGUGUUGCCCUUGACAAUUGUCGCCCCGUUGCCAGAUCUUUGUCGCCAUUUAGCAAAUUGCAUUGUGCGUGCCGAACAUGAGAUUUUUCUGGGUACUAAUUUUUGGAUUCACUCCGAUGCAUCAACCCUGAUCACGAAUGCCAUCCGAGAGCUUUCCAAGAGAGCGGGGGAGAGUGGCCGAAAGGUAGUAAUGAAGAUGAUUUAUGAUCGGGGAGAUCCUCGUCAGGCCUGGGACAACAGGCUCAAUGUCAAAGAGGAUCAAUACGUUGGCGGAAAAGUGAGACUCCCUGCGGCGAGUGAGAUCCCCAACGUUGAUCUUCAAGUGAUCAACUUCCACCGACCCAUUUUUGGAACAUUCCAUGCGAAGUUUACUGUGAUCGACCGUCGCAUGGCUCUCAUACAGAGCAGCAAUAUCCAAGACAAUGAUAACCUGGAGAUGCUCUCACACAUUGAGGGCCCCAUCGUUGACUCAUUCUAUGAUGCUGCCUUGCUCUCCUGGGGAAAGCCUCUAGAGCCCCCAUUUCCACUUCUUGACUCUCCCGCUAAAGACGCCCCUAUACCAUGCUACGGGGCUGAACAGGAGAAAGGGGUCUCUACUGCAAAUGGCAUAGCUGCCCUCCCAGAGCAUACGACCAAAUCUCCACACUAUGAUCAUGACCUUGAUAACGAGGCUCGGAGAGUCAACGAAAGCAUGAACCCAAUUGAGAAUGAGACACCUACACAGGCUGUGAGCCGGCAUCUGAAUACAACCAUCCAACCAAACACAACCGGCGACGCACCCGACAGCGACCAAGAUCCUAAAAUGACCCCAUACAUGGUCCUACCCAACCACGAGCCCUUCGCAAUGGCAGUAGUGAACAGAGAACCCUUCGGAUCCCCAAACCACAGCAGCAUCCACACACCCCAGAACUCAGCCUGGAUCUCGGCAAUCAACCACGCCCGGAAAUCCAUCCUCAUCCAAACACCCAAUAUGAACGCCGAACCUCUGAUGGAUCCUCUCAUAAAUGCUGCUCGUCGCGGCGUCACAGUAACCUGCUAUCUAUGCCUCGGCUACAACGAUGCAGGCGAGCUUCUUCCAUUCCAAAAUGGGACCAACGAGAUGAUCGCGAACAGAUUGUACAAUGCACUCAAAUCAGAUGAAGAGAAGUCUCAUCUGCGUGUGUGCUACUAUGUUGGCAAGGACCAGAUUCGUCCGAUUCAUAAUAGUUUCAAGAAGCGCAGCUGUCAUAUUAAGUUGAUGAUUGUUGAUGAGCAGAUUGCUAUUCAGGGGAAUGGAAAUCUCGAUACACAGUCUUUCUUCCAUAGUCAAGAGAUCAAUGUUCUUAUUGACUCUGGGAUGGUGUGUCGUGCUUGGACGGAAUUGAUUAAUCGCAAUCAAAACACGGCUAAGUAUGGUGCUGCUAGCCCUAAAGAUGGCUGCUGGCAUGACCCGAAGACGGAUGAGAUACCGCCUGGGUCGAUGGGGCCUGUCCCUGGUCGUUUCAGUUGGGCUAAGGGGGCGAUCGGGGCUGUACAGAGGGUUCGAGGUGUUGGGGGAUUCUAG